CGCGCGCGCCGCAGUCAGUCCUUCUGUGUCGCGCGGCGCACAGACACCCAGCAGCAGGCAAGGAGGAAACACUGACGCAGAGCAGCAACACUAGACCGGACCGCGCUGAAAACACCGAGUGGUACCUACGGGACCCCUCCGGGAACAGCGUCAUCAUCUGAAGGAAGUAGGCCGUCUGGGUCAUCAUGACAGCGGAAGAAACCAUAAAUGUAAAGGAAGUGGAGAUAAUCAAGGUGAUCCUGGACUUCCUAAACUCCAGGAAGCUCCACAUCAGCAUGUUAGCUCUGGAAAAGGAGAGCGGGGUAAUCAAUGGACUUUAUUCUGAUGACAUGCUCUUUCUCAGACAAUUGGUCCUUGAUGGUCAAUGGGAUGAAGUUUUGCAAUUCAUUCAGCCUUUGGAGUGCAUGGAUACCUUUGACAGGAAGAGAUUUCGUUACAUUGUCCUCAAGCAAAAGUUUCUUGAGGCUCUAUGUGUGAACAACGCCAUGUCUGCAGAAGAUGAGCCUCAACAUAUGGAGUUUACCAUGCAAGAAGCAGUCAAGUGCCUCCAUGCUCUGGAGGAGUUCUGCCCCUCUAAAGAAGACUACAGUAAACUGUGUCUGCUCCUCACACUGCCUCGCCUCACAAACCAUGCUGAGUUCAAGGACUGGAACCCCAGCACAGCCAGGGUGCAGUGUUUUGAGGAGGCCUGCACCAUGGUGGCAGAGUUCAUCCCGGCUGACAGGAAGCUGAGCGAGGCCGGGUUUAAGGCCAGCAGGGAUCGACUCUUCCAGCUUCUUCUAAAGGGAGUCCUGUACGAAUGCUGCGUGGAGUUCUGCCAGAGCAAGGCAACGGGGGAAGAGAUCACAGAGAGUGAGGUGCUGCUUGGGGUUGACAUGCUGUGUGGUAAUGGUUGUGAUGACCUGGACCUGUCUCUGCUCUCCUGGAUGCAGAACCUCGCUGACACAGUUUUCUCCUGCGCAUUUGAACAAAAGCAGCUGAACAUUCACGUAGACCGCUUGGUCAAACCCGCAAAAACUGGCUACGCUGACCUCCUUACUCCGCUCAUCAGCAAACUCUCACCAUACACCACCUCCCCUCUCCGCCGCCCUCAGUCUGCCGACACCUACAUGUCACGCUCUUUGAACCCGGCGCUUGAUGGACUGUCUUAUGGGCUGUCUGGUCAAGAUAAGAGGGCAAGUGGUGGGGAUGUAGCUCCAGGAAAAGGAAUCUCCCCCAUGUCUCACUCAUUCGCAAACUUUCAUUAUCCCGGAGCUGCGGGGCAGAGCCUGAGCCGGAGCCUCAUGAUGGAGAGCGCCGACUGCCAUCGCAUCUUUGAGGAAUCCCCUGAAACGUCCAGGACAGACACACCCGUGGAUAAGAUGAUGAGCUCAGAUGGAUCUCCGAACACGCGUCCUGCUUCGGCUCCCGGCGAGGACGCCCCGGUAGCUGGCUGCGCUGACGGCAACGAGCUCCGUGACUCAACAGAGAAGUAUGAGGAGUACUAUCGCCAGCGUCUUCGCGUUCAGCAGCACCUGGAGCAGAAGCAGCAGCAGAGGCAAAUGUAUCAGCAGAUGUUGCUGGAGGGAGACGUCCAGCAGGACCCCCUGCCCAGCGACAUGCAGCACAGCCUCACAGAAAAGUUUCUCAACAGGUCAAUCCAGAAGCUGGAGGAGCUCAAUGUGGGGAUGGAGAACAUAGGAGAGGAGGUGAAGACUCUGGCCCAGCAGUGCAAUGGCAACGGGAACACCCCCACCGCCGAGGACAACAAUAACCCCCCAUCUGUGACUCCAGAGCAGGGGCGCCCCCGAGGGGGAGGGGUGCUCAGCAGCACCCCUCAACGCAGCGCUGGAGGCCGGGUAAUCCCGCCUCCAAGUGAGUCCCCCGUAGUUUCUCAGAGUGGGGAGAAACCCAAAGCCAGUCAGCAAGGUGACUCUCCUGGCUCUCUGUCCCGAAGUAAAGAGAGUGAAAAACCCAAGAACCUGUUUGUGGCGGUGCACUCUUUGGAGGACACUCAGGCUGUCCGAGCCGUGGCUUUUCACCCGUCUGGAGCUCUGUAUGCUGUGGGAUCCAACUCCAAAACCCUGCGUGUCUGUGCUUAUCCAGACUCCCUCGACACAAGAGGCUCAAGUCCAGCAAAACAACCGGUUGUUCGCUUUAAAAGAAACAAACACCACAAAGGCUCCAUCUACUGCGUGGCCUGGAGUCCCUGUGGGCAGCUGUUGGCCACAGGCUCCAAUGACAAAUACGUCAAAGUCCUGCCUUUCAGUGCAGAAACAUGCAACGCUACAGGACCAGAUCUGGAGUUCAGCAUGCAUGACGGGACCAUAAGGGACCUGGCCUUUAUGGAGGGGCCAGAAAGCGGAGGGGCCAUCUUGAUCAGCGCUGGAGCAGGAGACUGUAACAUCUACACCACCGACUGCCACAGAGGGCAGGGGCUGCACGCGCUCAGUGGACACACAGGUCACAUUCUGUCUCUGUACACAUGGGGAGGCUGGAUGAUCGCUUCUGGCUCUCAAGACAAGACUGUUCGCUUCUGGGACAUCAGGGUCCCGAGCUGCGUGCGAGUCGUAGGAACUGCCUUCCAUGGUUCAGGCAGUCCCGUCGCCUCUGUCGCAGUUGACCCAAGUGGCCGUCUGCUAGCAACAGGACAGGAGGACAGCGCCUGCAUGCUGUACGACAUCAGAGGCGGUCGGAUCGUACAGGUGUACAGACCGCACAGCAGCGACGUGCGGUCGGUUAGGUUUUCGCCCGGAGCGCACUACCUGCUCACGGGUUCCUACGACACUAAAGUCAUAGUCACCAACCUUCAAGGUGACCUGACCAAACAGCUGCCUCUGACCGUAGUGGGAGAGCACGGCGACAAGGUGAUUCAGUGUCGGUGGCACCCACAAGACCUCUCUUUCCUCUCGUCUUCUGCUGACCGCACUGUCACACUGUGGACACACAACCCCUAACGCACACAGCAUCCUAACAGCCAGUCAGUUUUUAAUCCUAACAUUUUCGCUGUUGAGGGUGUCCAAAAAAAAAGAAAAUCGAAACUUUUCCUUCUGGCCAUUAAACAAAAACAAUAACAAAUGAAUGUGAGACACCUCCUAAGCACACAUUGCAUGCUACCUUUCUCUGUCUCACACCUGUAAUCCUGAUUGUUGAUGUGCUGACAUCUACUGCAGCUGGAUUAAUCAUCUGGAUUCUCGUUUAAGCUGUCCCUCCCUGCACUCAGUAGUCAGCGGCUGCAUGUCGCCUUCUCCGUUCUGGAGGUUUAACAGGACGGCAGUGCUUUGUUCAUUACGGUGCCUUCUUUGAGUUCACAACAGUCGUUUCUCAUAAUCUAAUAGUGUUUGGAGAAGUUUUACAUUCCUUGUCUGUCGGCAGUUAUGCUGCUAGUUGAAUUCUUUUCAGUAGUGAGCUUCUGUUGUGAUGAGGCAAAGCAUAACACAGUCGUAUUAUCUUUAAGACGAUCAGCACUUGAUGCCAAAUGUUCUUGUACACUGCGACUACUGAAAAUAUGUGGAAUAGCUUUUGCAUUUUAAGUCUGUCUUAAUUUAACUUUUUUUUUUUAGCUAAAGCUGGCAGUGGUUAGCUUGCAAUGGAAAAACGGCAACAUUAAAGGGAAAUGCGAGCUCUGUAGUUCACUUUACAUUCAUCACAGGGUUAAAUGGACCCCUGCUGUUGCAGUGUGAAAACAGUAGGUGGCAGUCUCUCUCCAACAGGGGUCAAACCAAAUGCACACCAUCAGAAUGGAAGUGUUUUAUUUAUGUAGAAGUAUUUGGGGCAUAUUCACUUUAUUUUAACAGGCACUUUUAACAUUUUGUAUUAGUUUUCUUACAAACGUGCAUAUUUAAUUUUGUGUUCUGUAUAGUUUUAGAAAUUGAGGUCAGUCUAAUAAAAACAGAUGUAUUUAUUUCAGCAUCUUCAUGUACAGUUGGUUUUAACAUACUAGUGGCUCUCGUAUUAGCCUUUUGAAGUUGUGGUUUUAAAAAGUGACUUAAAUUAAUUUGAGCUAACUUAAAUCUAAUUAUUGGUACGUUGAAUAAAGUGUCUUUUACACAAA